GAUUUAUAACAGAAACAACAACUUCUGAUGUUGUGUCAUCAACAUUACCACCAAUUUCCACCCGAGAAACAUUUGAAACAACAGCUCAAACUGAAUCUACUCAGAACAUUAUUACAACAGAAGAAACGGCCACUGAAGAAACUGAUUAUACCUUGGUUUCUGGUACUGAUCUAACUAAAACAUCUGAACGUGCAACAACUACAUUUGAAAGUUCUACUUCAACUGAUUUGCCUACAGAAACAACAACUUCUGAUGUUGUGUCAUCAACAUUACCACCAAUUUCCACCCGAGAAACAUUUGAAACAACAGCUCAAACUGAAUCUACUCAGAACAUUAUUAUAACAGAAGAAACGGCCACUGAAGAAACUGAUUAUACCUUGGUUUCUGGUACUGAUCUAACUAAAACAUCUGAACAUGCAACAACUACAUUUGAAAGUUCUACUUCAACUGAUAUGCCUACAGGUACUUUCUCAACAGAAACAUUUGAAACAACAGCUCAAACUGAAUCUACUCAGAACAUUAUUACAACAGAAGAAACGGCCAUUGAAGGAACUGAGUUUACCUUGGUUUCUGGGACUGAUCGAACUAAAACAUCUGAACAUGCAACAACUACAUUUGAAAGUUCUGCUUCAACUGAUAUGCCUACAGGUACUUUCUCAACAGAAGAAACGGCCACUGAAGGAACUGGUUAUACCUUGGUUUCUGGGACUGAUCUAACUAAAACAUCUGAACAUGCAACAACUACAUUUGAAGGUUCUACUUCAACUGAUUUGCCUACAGGUACUUUCUCGACAGGAAUUAUAACAGAAACAACAACAUCUGAUGUUGUGUCAUCAACAUUGCCACCAAUUUCCACCCAAGCAACAUUUGAAACAACAGCUCAAACUAAAUCUACUCAGAACAUUAUUACAACAGAAGAAACGGCCACUGAAGGAACUGAUUAUACCAUGGUUUCUGGGACGGAUCUUACUAAAACAUCUGAACGUGCAACAAGUACAUUUGAAAGUUCUACUUCAACUGAUUUGCCUACAGGUACUUUCUCAACAGAAACAUUUGAAACAACAGCUCAAACUGGAUUUACUCAGAACAUUAUUACAACAGAAGAAACGGCCACUGAAGGAACUGAUUAUACCUUGGUUUCUGGGACUGAUCUAACUAAAACAUCUGAAGAUGCAACAACUACAUUUGAAAGUUCUACUUCAACUGAUUUGCCUACAGGUACUUUCUCAACAGAAGAAACGGCCACUGAAGGAACUGAUUAUACCUUGGUUUCUGGGACUGAUCUUACUAAAACAUCUGAACGUGCAACAACUACAUUUGAAAGUUCUACUUCAACUGAUAUGCCUACAGGUACUUUCUCAACAGGAUUUAUAACAGAAACAACAACUUCUGAUGUUGUGUCAUCAACAUUACCACCAAUUUCCACCCGAGAAACAUUUGAAACAACAGCUCAAACUGAAUCUACUCAGAACAUUAUUACAACAGAAGAAACGGCCACUGAAGAAACUGAUUAUACCUUGGUUUCUGGUACUGAUCUAACUAAAACAUCUGAACGUGCAACAACUACAUUUGAAAGUUCUACUUCAACUGAUUUGCCUACAGAAGAAACGGCCACUGAAGGAACUGAUUAUACCUUGGUUUCUGGGACUGAUCUUACUAAAACAUCUGAACGUGCAACAACUACAUUUGAAAGUUCUACUUCAACUGAUUUGCCUACAGGUACUUUCUCGACAGGAUUUAUAACAGAAACAACAACUUCUGAUGUUGUGUCAUCAACAUUACCACCUAUUUCCACCCGAGAAACAUUUGAAACAACAGCUCAAAUUGAAUCUACUCAAAACAUUAUUACAACAGAAGAAACGGCCACUGAAGAAACUGAUUAUACCUUGGUUUCUGGUACUGAUCUAACUAAAACACCUGAACGUGCAACAACUACAUUUGAAAGUUCUACUUCAACUGAUUUGCCUACAGGUACUUUCUCAACAGGAUUUAUAACAGAAACAACAACUUCUGAUGUUGUGUCAUCAACAUUACCACCAAUUUCCACCCGAGAAACAUUUGAAACAACAGCUCAAACUGAAUCUACUCAGAACAUUAUUACAACAGAAGAAACGGCCACUGAAGAAACUGAUUAUACCUUGGUUUCUGGUACUGAUCUAACUAAAACAUCUGAACGUGCAACAACUACAUUUGAAAGUUCUACUUCAACUGAUUUGCCUACAGAAGAAACGGCCACUGAAGGAACUGAUUAUACCUUGGUUUCUGGGACAAAUGUAACUAAAACAUCUGAACGUGCAACAACUACAUUUGAAGGUUCUACUUCAACUGAUUUGCCUACAGGUACUUUCUCGACAGAAACAUUUGAAACAACAGCUCAAACUGAAUCUACUCAGAACAUUAUUACAACAGAAGAAACGGCCACUGAAGGAACUGAUUAUACCUUGGUUUCUGGGACUGAUCUAACUAAAACAUCUGAACGUGCAACAACUACAUUUGAAAGUUCUACUUCAACUGAUUUGCCUACAGGUACUUUCUCAACAGAAGAAACGGGCACUGAAGGAACUGAUUAUACCUUGGUUUCUGGGACUGAUCUAACUAAAACAUCUGAACGUGCAACAACUACAUUUGAAGGUUCUACUUCAACUGAUUUGCCUACAGGUACUUUCUCGACAGAAGAAACAGCCACUGAAGGAACUGAUUAUACCUUGGUUUCUGGGACUGAUCUAACUAAAAUAUCUGAACGUGCAACAACUACAUUUGAAGGUUCUACUUCAACUGAUUUGCCUACAGGUACUUUCUCAACAGAAAAAACGGCCAUUGAUGGAACUGAGUUUACCUUGGUUUCUGGGACUGAUCUAACUAAAACAUCUGAACAUGCAACAACUACAUUUGAAAGUUCUACUUCAACUGAUAUGCCUACAGGUACUUUCUCAACAGAAACAUUUGAAACAACAGCUCAAACUGAAUCUACUCAGAACAUUAUUACAACAGAAGAAACGGCCACUGAAGGAACUGAUUAUACCUUGGUUUCUGGGACUGAUCUAACUAAAACAUCUGAACGUGCAACAACUACAUUUGAAAGUUCUACAACUGAUUUGCCUACAGGUACUUUCUCAACAGAAGAAACGGCCACUGAAGGAACUGAUUAUACCUUGGUUUCUGGGACUGAUCUAACUAAAACAUCUGAACAUGCAACAACUACAUUUGAAGGUUCUACUUCAACUGAUUUGCCUACAGGUACUUUCUCGACAGGAAUUAUGACAGAAACAACAACAUCUGAUGUUGUGUCAUCAACAUUGCCACCAAUUUCCACCCAAGCAACAUUUGAAACAACAGCUCAAACUAAAUCUACUCAGAACAUUAUUACAACAGAAGAAACGGCCACUGAAGGAACUGAUUAUACCAUGGUUUCUGGGACGGAUCUUACUAAAACAUCUGAACGUGCAACAAAAGAAACGGCCACUGAAGGAACUGAUUAUACCUUGGUUUCUGGGACUGAUCUUACUAAAACAUCUGAACGUGCAACAACUACAUUUGAAAGUUCUACUUCAACUGAUUUGCCUACAGGUACUUUCUCAACAGAAGAAACGGCCACUGAAGGAACUGAUUAUACCUUGGUUUCUGGGACAGAUCUAACUAAAACAUCUGAAGAAGCAACAACUACAUUUGAAAGUUCUACUUCAACUGAUUUGCCUACAGGUACUUUCUCAACAGAAGAAACGGCCACUGAAGGAACUGGUUAUACCUUGGUUUCUGGGACUGAUCUAACUAAAACAUCUGAACAUGCAACAACUACAUUUGAAGGUUCUACUUCAACUGAUUUGCCUACAGGUACUUUCUCGACAGGAAUUAUAACAGAAACAACAACAUCUGAUGUUGUGUCAUCAACAUUGCCACCAAUUUCCACCCAAGCAACAUUUGAAACAACAGCUCAAACUAAAUCUACUCAGAACAUUAUUACAACAGAAGAAACGGCCACUGAAGGAACUGAUUAUACCAUGGUUUCUGGGACGGAUCUUACUAAAACAUCUGAACGUGCAACAAGUACAUUUGAAAGUUCUACUUCAACUGAUUUGCCUACAGGUACUUUCUCAACAGAAACAUUUGAAACAACAGCUCAAACUGAAUUUACUCAGAACAUUAUUACAACAGAAGAAACGGCCACUGAAGGAACUGAUUAUACAUUGGUUUCUGGGACUGAUCUAACUGAAACAUCAGAACGUGCAACAACUACAUUUGAAAGUUCUACUUCAACUGAUUUGCCUACAGGUACUUUCUCAACAGGAUUUAUAACAGAAACAACAACUUCUGAUGUUGUGUCAUCAACAUUACCACCAAUUUCCACCCGAGAAACAUUUGAAACAACAGCUCAAACUGAAUCUACUCAGAACAUUAUUACAACAGAAGAAACGGCCACUGAAGAAACUGAUUAUACCUUGGUUUCUGGUACUGAUCUAACUAAAACAUCUGAACGUGCAACAACUACAUUUGAAAGUUCUACUUCAACUGAUUUGCCUACAGAAGAAACGGCCACUGAAGGAACUGAUUAUACCUUGGUUUCUGGGACUGAUCUAACUAAAACAUCUGAACAUGCAACAACUACAUUUGAAGGUUCUACUUCAACUGAUUUGCCUACAGGUACUUUCUCGACAG